AUGCUUUUUGCCUGGUACGUCGUCCUGUUCGGAGUGGUGGAAGGCGUUCGAGACGUCGUGGAGCUGCUUACAUCUGGUGAACAGGGUCGUAGUGACGUCUGUUGCUGCCAAAGUCACAUGCAGGAGAACAAGGCAAAGGCAAGGGGCGGGGAGGAUUGGCAAAAAGUGCCAAUCAACGAAGGCAAGUGCCUAAUCUUCAAGCAAUUGAGGCCGGAGCGUCCUUUCUGGUUUCAUGAAGCGGAAUCGAAGUACAGGUGCUGUUGGACCUCUGGGUACUUCUGCACCUCCAGCAUAAACAUCCUGGGUUCAUGGCACAAUGGGGGUGACAAGGUCGAGGGCGCCGCUGCGAAGAGAGCAUGCCCGACCUCCACUCCCAAAGGAACCCUGGAUCCUCCAGACAAGACCUUGGCCUUCAACCGCGAGCGGGCCAACGCCGUGAAGAGCAUCGUGAAGAUGGUCGCCACCAACACCUUAGCCACCGGUGUGGGUGCUGCGAACGCGGCCGGAGCGGGAGGGCUUCACAUCGACAUGGCGCGCACCGUGGAUCAUGCGCGCAGUGCCUCUGAGACAGCUGAAGAUGCUAGUAAGACGGUGAAACAGCACAUAAGCCCCAAAGCCUAG